ACAACAUGCAGUAUAUCAUAAAAAUUAAUUGUAGUUAAACUUAUAUUGAAAUUAUUUAAAAUUAUUAUCAAUAUUAAUUUACGUAAGAUGUUCCGUAGCUGUGUUUUGCUAAUAUUGAUUCUAGGAGCGUGUGUGGCUCACAAGUUCUACAUUCAUAACAGAUGCUCACACACAGUAUAUGUUGGACUUCUUGGGAACCAUAAGCUCGACCAAGGUGGAUUCGAGUUGCCUUCUGGACAGAGUCAUACAACUCACGUUCCCAACAAAUGGUCAGGCCGUGUUUGGGGUAGAACCCGCUGCGGCAAUGGUAGAUGCGAGACCGGGGACUGCGGUGGAGGAAGGAUCCAAUGCAACGGAGCGGGCGGGGUCGCUCCCGCUACGCUUGCUGAGAUAACGUUUGAUGCAGGCAGCAGAAGAAAUCAGGACUUCUACGACAUCAGUCUUGUUGAUGGCUUCAAUCUGCAAAUGUCCAUGGAACCACGAUCUGGUACCUAUAAUAAUCAUUCAAGUCGAAAAUACUACUGCAAGAGAGCUGGUUGUGGUACGGAUGUUAACCAGAUAUGUCCGGAUGAGUUACGUGUCUAUGGAACGGGUGGAACUGUUGCCUGCAAGAGCGCAUGCCUGAAAUGGAAUAGUGCCAAUUACUGUUGUACCGGAGCACAUAACAAGCCUAGUACUUGUCCGCCAUCUUACUUCUCAAAGAUCUUUAAAAGAGCAUGCCCCUACGCUUACAGUUACGCCUAUGAUGACCAGUCCAGUACUUUCACAUGCGACGGAUGGGGUGCUGGGCAAACUGCAUACGAUAUAACAUUUUGCUGAAACGAACUUUCGCAUUGGUUUGAUUGUAUAGGUCAUAAAUUAAUAACGAGUGUGAAAUAAAACAUGAGCAUUUAUUAAAAUUUAUUUAUUACGUACUUGACUAA